UCACGAACGCUAAGGAGGCUGCCUAUAAAUGGAGCUAACCAGGGAAAGUAUUUCAGCAAAACAUCUCUAACUCAACAAUGGCAUCCACAUGUUUACUUCUGCUGCUCACAUUCUUCUUCUUCUUCUUCGUCUUUCCAGCAGACGCAGAAAGUCCUCGACAGGUCUAUAUUGUCUAUACAGAUGGUGUGUCUGCUGGUAAGUAUGCAACCAGCUCCGCUCAUUUGGAAAUUCUUGAGCAAGUUCUUGAGGACAGUAAUGAGGCUUCGGAAUCUCAUAUUUAUAGCUACAACGAGAUAUUCACUGGAUUUGCAGCUAGACUAACCAAUGCAGAGAAACAAAAGCUGGCCAGUGCGCAGAAUGUUGUGGCUGUUUUGCCAGGCAGAAAAUUUCAACUUCAGACUACUAGAUCAUGGGAUUUUCUGGGGUUGUCCACCACUGUAAAACGGAUUUCCCAGGUUGAAAGUAAUCUGAUUGUUGGAGUUUUAGACAGCGGAAUCUGGCCAGGAUUAGAGAGUUUCCGAGAUGAUGGAUUAGGUCCUCCUCCAAAAAAAUGGAAGGGGGUCUGCCACAACAUAACCUGCAACAACAAAAUAAUAGGAGGAAGGUCGUACUACACCGGAGACCAACCUCUUGCUGAGGAAAGAUCUGUGAUUGAUACUGAUGGACAUGGGACACAUACAGCCUCAACUGUUGCAGGCAUGGAGGUGGGGAAUGCAAGUUUUUUUGGAUUGGCAGAAGGAACUGCCAGAGGUGGAGUUCCUUCGGCCAGGAUAGCAGCCUACAAGGUUUGCUGGAAGACAAUUGCAGGAGCCACAUGUGAAGAACAAGAUCUUCUGGCGGCUUUCGAGGAUGCUAUCAAGGAUGGAGUUGACAUGUUAUCAGUUUCCAUAGGUUCAAAUGAGACUAAAGAAUACCCUAUUGAUGGCCUUGCAGUAGGAUCUUUUCGAGCAAUGAAGAAGGGGAUACUGACAUCUGCGGCAGCAGGGAAUUAUGGGCCACAUCCUUCUACAGUCACAAAUGGUGCACCAUGGAUUUUGACAGUUGGAGCUAGCAGCAUGGAUAGAAAGCUUCUGGCGAAGCUUGAGCUCGGAAAUGGGCAAACGUUCAUGGGAGAUUCAAUCAAUUUCUUCCCAACUCAAAGAUCUUUCUAUACAAUUCAGCUAGGAGAAGAUGACAAUAAAAAAAUUUUGAUUAACAAUUCAACAAAAAGAAAGAAUGUGGUUCUUAAAUCAAUCAAAUCGGUACUGCUUGCAAUUAAAGUUGGUGCCCGAGGAGUAAUCUGGGAUGCAGAAGAAGUAUUCGUAAACCAAGCAUGCCAACUUCCUCUACCCGGUGCCUGUCUGAAUACAAGUGCAAUUAACAAAGUGAAGAAAUAUGUGAUUAAAACCAAAAAUCCAGUGGGGAAAAUAUAUAAAAGCAUAAGCGUUCAUGAUCCAACAGCUCCCUUAGUAGCCUCCUUCUCUGGCAGAGGACCAGUUAAAGUUACUCCAAACAUUCUUAAGCCAGACAUUACUGCUCCAGGGGUUGAUAUCUUGGCUGCAUAUUCUCUGAAAGCACCUUCAACAGAUUUCCCAGAUGAAAAACGCCAUGCACCAUUCAAAAUCAUCUCAGGAACUUCCAUGGCAUGCCCUCAUGCAACAGGAGCUGCUCUUUAUGUUAAAACAUUUCACCCUUCAUGGUCUCCUUCUGUCAUUAAAUCUGCUUUAAUGACAACAGCAACUCCCAUGAGCGCUAAAGAAAACCCAGAUGCUGAAUUUUCUUACGGAUCCGGCCACAUAAAUCCAUUGAAAGCACUUAAUCCAGGCCUGGUUUAUAACACAACAGAGAUAGACUAUGUAAACUUCUUGUGCAGUGAACUUCCUACCAAAGUGGUGAAGCUCAUUUCUGGAGAUGAUGUCGUCAACUGCUCAAACAGUAUCAAUGCUUACGAGAUGAACUACCCUACAAUGUCUGCAAAUGUAGAACCAAAGAAGCCUUUUACUGUGAAAUUUCCGAGGAGAGUGACAAAUUUAGGACAGCCUAAUUCAGUUUACAAAGCGACUGUCCAGUCACCUUCUGGUGUCAGGGUGAGCGUUAAUCCGGAAGUCUUGGCAUUCAAAUCCCUGGAGCAGGAAUUGAAAUUCCAAGUGAGAGUCUCUGGUGGGAAACUUGAAGCUGGUGAAAAGGUCUCUGCCUCACUUGUGUGGUCAGAUGGAAAGCAGAGUGUUAGAAGUCCUAUAUUUAUAUAUGCCUAAUAUUAUUCAACCAGUUGUAAUAAUAUUAUGGGUGAUUUGUAAGGGUGAUAUGUGCGUAAACACUUGAUGGAAAAAAAAAAAAAAAAAAGCUUAAUAGGUAAAUCGUCCACCAUCGGACGAUAACAAGUAUAUAAUAAAAUCUGGUUCCCCUGCA